AUGGGCUGGUUCAGCAGCAGCAGCAGCAGCAGCAGCAACACAAACCCCGCCGCCAUCGAGGGCGUCGCCCCAAACCGCACCCAGCGCGCAAAAUGCUGGGAGGCGCGCGACAGCUUCUUCCAGUGCCUGGACCGCCACGACAUCAUCGACCCCAUCAAGCACAGCGCCGCCGCGGGCGAGAAGUGUGCGCCGUCCUCGGCGGCGUUUGAGAAGGAGUGUGUGGGCAGCUGGGUCGAGUACUUCAAGAAGAGGAGGGUCAUGGAGUAUAACCGCAACGAGACAUUCAAGAAGCUGGAGGCCGAGGGCGCAAAGGCCGUGGGGAUGCCGAAUCCGUGGAGUGUUGUGAUAGGCAGUGGGGACUUUUUUGUAUAA